AUGAGCAUUAAGCGACGACUGGAAGAGGCCAUAAAAUAUGAACUGACGGGGAUGAUGUCCGAGCUUAAGUACAACGAACCCGUGUACCUACUCGGCCCGUAUCUAGACGCCGAAGGUCGGCUAGACUUUCGCCGCUACCAGAUUGUGCGCGUGGCCCAACCCGUCACGGGGGACUGGUCGCCUACGCGACCUCGCGAGCAUUACCAUAGAGACAAUCGGAUACGAAGACGGGAGACCGCGUUGACAUUGGCCCACCGUUAUGCGAGCUUUCAAAGCGACAAAGGGACGGGUAGCAUACCAGCGCCCGCGACUAUUCUGGCGUCGCCCACGUGCGCCGAUGCGUUUGCACAUACCGGCCGCAAAUCUGGCAGCAGCCGGAGGUGGUACGCGGCGGUGCAUCGGCCGCGCGGGAACGUGGCGGCGGCGCCGCCGGCUGCCAAGCGGCUGGCAUUUCGCACUAAUGACACGAAUAAGAUAUUAGCGCGGAUAGGCCGGCCUCGGAAUCCGUGCACAGGUAUUCGGGGCGCGUGUCGAUGC